AUGACUACAGCUUUGCCAACUAUCGAUCUCACGUUGGAAGAUUCAGACUCUGAUGCUGAUGAAAAUUACGAUAUCUUCCAUUCCUUUCAUAAUACUUCAGAUCCUAGAAAUAAAACUAUCGAGACUUCACAUGUAGACGCAAAGAAACAUGAUAAUGUUAAUUUAGAUGAUAAUAAAUCAUCCUUACCCUCUUCUGCUUCAACAAGUUUGAAUAUGGAUCUCACCACUGAGAAGCUUGAAAACGAUUAUGAAGAUGUCGCCAAUAAAAAUAAUAUUAACGAUGAUGAUGACUUUUUCCCUGUGAAUGAUGACAGUGAUACAGACAGUCAAAAAUACUUUGAUACAAAUCCCACCUUCAUAGAAGAUAACAAUUUAGAAACAAAUGUCGCCAGCAAUAAUACUGACUUAAUCGAAAGUGGUUCAGGAUCUACGAACCCAACGGUAGCUCCAACCCCGAUUCCUCAAAUAGAAUUGAAAAGUAAUUCACCACUUAUAAUACGAACCGAUCAGGAAGGGAAACGAUCAUCAUAUGAAAUUCCAUCCAUAAAUAAAAGAAGGCUGAGUGAUACCACACCUGACAUUACUAAACAAGAUACUCCGGUAACGAAUGAAGAACCUGUUUCCAAAAAAUUAACUGUACAAGCUUACUCAAAAUCGUACCCGUACCCAGCUGCGUCAGCCCCAUCAGAUAAAAAUUCCAUCAUUGUCCUAUCAGAUGAUGAAGAUGAAGGAAAUGAAGGAAAUAACAUAGUGGAGACAAGUACUACUCCUACUACCACUAAUGAAAACAGCAAAAGGAAAGAAGAAUCCAAAGAUAUUCUUCCUUCAAACCCACAACGAAAAGAAGAACAAUUUGAAAGAAAAUCAAUACCAAUUCCUUUUCGUAGAGAUAAAAAUCAGGAUAGAGCACCAAUACACCCCUUUCACGACACUAUUCUCGAAGAUACCCUAAAGAGUCCUGUACAACCUGGUCAAUUCAUGGAUAUGGAACAAUAUAAUAAUUAUAUGAAUAAAAUGAAUCGUUAUGAAAAUCGACUAAGAGAAUCAUUGACCAAUACGGAAAAUCAAGUUAAAAUCCUAAAGAGAAGAUUGACCUUUAGGGAGGAGGAACUUAAAGAUAUACAAAAGAAAUGUGAUUCUUUAUCUAAACGUUUAGUGGGUAGUUCAAGGACAAGACAAUUAUUGUUAGACGAUGCCAAGCAAACUUUGAAAACAGCAAAAGAGAAAAGAGAUAAUACGAGAGAAAAACUACGUCAACAAACUGGUGUAGCUUCAGAUCAAACACGUAAAUUAAUUGAAUUUGUUGAAUUGAAAAAUGAAAAAGUCAAAGAAGCUCAACAAUCAUUCACAAUAACACAAAAGGAUAAUGUGACUCAAAAUGUAGUAAUGGAAAGACAAAAAUUAUUAAAGGAAAAGGAAGAUUUGGCCAAUAUGGUGAAAGAAGGUUCAUUGAGUCUGGGAACGUUUGCUCAAUUGAGUAAAGAUAUACAAACAAAAUUAGAUAACUUAGAUGUUCAAAAGAAUCAACAAAAUCUGGAACAACAACAGCGACAAACAACGGCAAAACCAAAUGAAGAUUUAUAUAUCAAAUCUCUUGAUACGGCUAAGAAUUUAUUGGCUAAGAAUUCAUCCAGGACAGAAUUGACCAAAAGAAUGUUAUAUUCACAUAUGGAUCUUUUAAAAAAUUACAAGAAAAUAUUUGAAGACGGUAGACCAUGUUCCGUGGAUUUAAGAAAACGUGCUAGAGAAUCUGCUGAAACUUUAUUUUCUAAUGGUGUCAAGAUGCCAAUUGUUUUCGAAACACUACAAGAUUAUGGUAUUAGAUUUUUGAAAAAUGGCAUAUUAACUACUGAUAGACGUGCUCAAUAUUUCAAAAGUCUUCAUGUGGCACGUGAAUUAGUUUCUAAUUCUAAUAGAACAACUGAUGUGAAAUUCAAAAUAUACGAUUCAUUAACUUCAUUAGAACAAUUUAGAUCUUCCAUCGAUACUGGUAUACCGCCUACUUUAGAAUCCAAAAUUAAAAUAGGGAAAGAAAUUCAAGAAUUGAAAGCCCAAGGUUUGAAAAUGGAAAAAUUAUAUGCUAAUUUGGAAAAAUAUGGUGUUUGCACGACUAAGGAAACAUUGAUUAAACAAAUGGAGCAAAAUCCUUCACCAAAUUUUUAUAAUGAUGGGAAUGAUCCUUUCAGUUAUAUGACAAAGGAAGCUUGGGGUAUCUUGGGAAAUAAAACCGAUCUAAACUUAUCAAGAAGUUCUAAUCCUUCCUCUUCUGGAAUGGAAUAUGUCAAAGAUCAAUAUCGUGUAGCUAACGUUAUGGCUGCUGAUGAUCAAGAACAUAUCAGAGAAUUAUUACAAAAUGUUAAACAAUCAGAAUCUGAAAUCGAAGGUGAAGCACUAACACCAGAAGAUAUGACUGUCAAUCUUUUAAGGCAUCAAAAAUUAGGUUUACAUUGGUUAUUGAAAAUUGAACAAUCAAGGAAGAAAGGUGGAUUAUUAGCGGAUGAUAUGGGUCUCGGUAAGACAGUUCAGGGUAUUGCACUAAUGUUAGCCAAUAGGUCAAAGGAUGAAUCUAGAAAAACCAACCUUAUUGUUGCUCCCGUGGCUGUUCUACGUGUAUGGCAAGGUGAAUUGGAAACUAAAGUUAAAAAGCAAGGUGCAUUCAGUACCUUUAUUUAUGGUGGGAAUAACAAAGUUUCUAGUUGGAAAGAUUUAGCUCGAUAUGAUGCUGUCAUGGUAUCUUAUCCAACAUUAGCCAUUGAAUUUAAGAAACAUUGGCCAACUAAAUUAGGUAAAGAGUCGAAAGAUUUACCACCAGUUCCAGAUGUACGUGCCAUGAAUUCAUUAGAAAGAAAAAGACGAAUUAUUUUUCCCCCGUUCUUUACUAAUAAAAUCCUAACUUUUUUUAGAAUUAUUCUUGAUGAAGGUCAAAAUAUUAAGAAUAAGAACACUAAAGCUGCGAAGGCAUGUUGUACACUUGAUGGGAUUUAUAGAUGGGUCUUUUCUGGUACACCGAUUCAAAAUAGCAUGGACGAAUUGUAUUCUUUGGUUAGAUUUCUAAGAAUUGCACCUUAUCACAGAGAAGAAAGGUUUAUGGCUGAUAUUGGUAGACCAUUCCUUCGAAACAGAAGUGGAUCAUAUGAUGAUCAAGAUAAAAAGCAAGCCAUUAAAAAAGUUAGAGUUUUACUGUCUGCUAUCAUGUUACGUCGUACGAAGACUGAUAAAAUUGAUGGUAAACCAUUAUUAGAAUUACCUGGUAAAGAGGUUGAAGUGAAUACAUCUAAAUUAGAAGGAGAAGAACUCGAAUUUUAUACAGAUUUGGAAACUAAGAAUCAAAAGAAAGCUGCCAUAUUGAUGAGGCGGAAAGCUCGUGGUGGCUAUUCGAAUGUUUUGACGUUGUUGUUACGUUUAAGACAAGCUUGUGUUCAUCCUGAAUUAGUCAUGAUUGGUGAAAGGAAAAGUGAGGGUACCAAAGUUGCCAAUGGGAAAAGUUUUGAAAAUGAUUGGUUAAGGCUAUUCUAUCUCGUCAGCCGGCUCAGUUCUCAGGUUAAAAACACGGUAGAAGCCAGUACAGAUUCUAUGACAUGUUUUGUUUGUAUGGAACAAUUAGAGCUGGAAUCAACGUCGAUAUUAACUGGAUGUGGACAUAUGAUGUGUGAAGCAUGUUUUGAUCCAUUCUAUGAAGAAGCUUCAACAUCUACAGAUGCCAAACUACAUGAUGACGGAACUGUAUAUUUACCAUGCAAAGAAUGUCAAAAAUUAACUAAUGAAAAUUCCAUCGUUUCCUACAGAUUAUAUGACCAAGUUAUCAAUCAAGGUUUUACUAGAGAAAUGUUAUACGAAGAAUACAAGAGUGCGAUGGAAAUCCAAAAGGAUAAUACUAAAAACAAUUAUAGAAUAGAUUUUAACCACUUGGAACCAUCUCAAAAAAUGAAACAAUGUUUUGAUGUUAUUAAUGAAGUAUUUGAGAAUUCAAGUACGGAUAAGAUUGUUAUUUUUUCUCAAUUUACAUCUUUCUUUGAUAUUUUUAGUCAUUUCUUGGAAACAAAAUUGAAAGUGCCUUAUUUACUGUACACAGGUGCCUUGUCUGGUCAAAAAAGAUCUGAUAUCAUUUCAAGGUUUUAUCGUGAGGCAGAACAAAGAAUACUAUUAAUUUCCAUGAAGGCUGGUAAUUCUGGUUUAACAUUAACUUGUGCUAACCAUGUUAUUAUUGUGGAUCCAUUCUGGAAUCCAUUUGUGGAAGAGCAAGCCCAAGAUCGAUGUUAUAGAAUUAGUCAAACGAAGGAAGUUCAUGUUCAUCGUCUAUUUAUUAAGAAUUCUGUUGAAGAUAGAAUUGCAGCAUUACAAGACAAAAAGAGGGAAAUGGUUGAUGCUGCUAUGGACCCAAGUAAAAUCAAAGAAAUCAAUAGGUUAGGUGCCCGUGAAUUAGGUUUCUUGUUUGGUUUGAACGCAUUGAAUUGA